GAUAAUUAGAGAAAAGGAUUUCUCAUUCCAUGGCCGCUCUCAUCUCUCUAUUUCUUCCAGCUCUUUGUUCAGCUUCCGCACCCUAAACCCUAAAAAGUGAAAUCUCCCCCAAACCCUAACCCUAACCCUAGAAUUUAGAUGUCAACAAUGGCGACCGCGAUCUCAAGCGCUUUUCUAUCUCCAAAACCUCGAACCUCUCGCUCCUCUGGCUCGUUGAUUUCGACUGGUCCUCUCAUUUCCUCGGUGAAAUUUUCUAGGAUGCCUAUGAGGCACUAUAGGAUGAUCUGCAAAGCCUCAUCUGCUGCUGGAAACCCACAUGCAAACAGCGAUGAGAAUCCGUAUGAAGUUCUUGGAGUGAGUCCAAUAGCAGGGUUUGAUAAUAUGAAAGUUGCAUAUACAAGAAGGCGGAAGGAUGCAGAGAGAAGGGGGGAUGAAGCAUAUAUAGCUAAACUAGAUAGGGCAUAUGACAAAAUCAUGAUGUUACAGCUGACAAAUCGUAAGAAGGGUGUGACAUUUGGAUCAUUUCAGGUCUCAAAAGAUAUCAAAUAUGCUGAUAAGCUGCCAAUUGUACCAUGGGGGCCCAGGCCUUCGAGGUCUAGUGUGCAGGACAUACGCAUCAACAUGGCAAUAUCUGCAGUGUUUAUUGUCUGGAUUUUGGUCCAACGUAAUGCUGACUGGAAACCGUUACAGUUUCUAGCUUUCGUGUUUUUCUACCGACUAUUUGAGAAGUUGAAAUCUGCUGAGCCGGAUGUGGCCCCCGUAUUAAAUGAGUAUGGUGAGGAUGAAGGCAGGCCAUUGCGCAUGGGAAAGCGUGUACUUCGUUCUCUUGCAUUGAUUUUUGGAUGUAUGGCGGCUUCAUCUCUGGGAUAUACUGGAGUCCUCAACUUGAUUGAAUUUAUUCGCGGUUAUAUUCCUGUCUUUCUUUACAAUAAUCAGGAGGUGAUUGUCACGGUAGCUACCUCUGUCCUGUGCUACUUCAUGGCUUCAUACUACAGAUGACAUUUCAAACCACUGUGCUAAUUUUUUUUUUUUGGAUGGAACUGAAGUAAAGAGGGUUCUUUUGAAAGCGGUCGGGGAUCUUGUGAAAAAUGAUUCAGAGGAAACUCUGCCCUUGAGAGCGAGCGACAAACGCAAAUUGAAUUAUUAUAUCAGGAGCAUGUAUACAUAAUAAGCCCUAGCGUGUGGAGCUGUGGAUUUUUUGUGCCGUAGCUGUGCUUGUCGAAACGAAACUGAUGAGAAAAUGCCCGAAUACUCUUAUGUUAAACUGAUCCAUCGUGGUUUUUGGCUUAUAUUUUGGAACCAUAAUCUUGUUGAUGCUUGAUCAGUUCCUCAGUAUCCAUGAUAUUUUGUAGUGAGACGAUAUGGACCUGUUUAUGAUCAAGGGUUCACUAUUUUGUACUCACGUCGGUACUUUGUUACUCAACACUGUUUGUUAUAUAUAUCUUAAUUAAUAUCUGGAAGCA